CCAUCAUCAAUCGCAGCGCCAAACCCCCCUCGAAUAAGUCUACAGCACCCAUGGCCAAAGUACAACCCAACAGAAACCAAACCCCCAACUAAACCCAUGGGCAAGAGAAUGUAUGUAUGUAUCCAACGGAGCGACCAAACCAACCAAAAGCCCGCAAGAAACCACCUACCCUCACGUGACAGAUAAGAUCGAUCGACUCCAGCGAUAAGCAAUUUUUCCCAUCCACAUCCCAACCCAGCAACCACAGCACCUCGCAACCCCCUCCCCAAAUUCCAUCUCAAACCCAUCGCUGCAGGCAGUGUACCCAACCAAACCAACCAAACAGAAAAAUGGUCCAAGGAUCCCUCAAGAAGACCAAGCCCUCGGGCGGCUCGACCUCGAAACGUCCCACAGCCCUGGCCCCCAAACGCGGUCCCCGCCAGAUCGCCCCCAAGAAAGCCUCGCUCAUCAAGCAGCAGAAAUUGACCAAAAAACUCACGGCCGGAUUGACCGCCCAGACGGAGAAGAAUCUCGCCGAGAAGGCGGGCCACCUGGAGUUGUUGGCCGGUGGCAAGAAGGAUAAGAAGGCGGGUGCUGCGAAGGGGAAGAAAUGAUAAUUCGCGGGAAAAUGGUUUGCUUUUUUGGGUCCGGAAGUGGAGGGUGGCUCUGGUUGAAGAUGAUCAAGCCGAGUCGAGGAGGGGAUAUACAUAUUCAAUUUUUGGAGGGGAGAUAGGAUACAUACAUACGAGUAAUGAAAUUAG